AAGUCUUGUGACCUGGUUUUGGAACACGGGCUUAGCUCAAGUUUAGCUGCUAAACAGCAAGGAAAAAAAAAAGAAGCAGGGAAAAUGGUUCCUUCAAGGUGUUCCAUUCUUUCAAUCUUUGUAGUCCUGCUGCUAUCUCCUGGACUGACAUUUUCACUUCCAAUUAAAGAUAGUUUUGUCCAGUGUCUCUCACAAAAUUCAGAAAUUUUCAUUCCUGCCUCAGAUUUCUACACCCCAGACAAUAGUUCUUCAUUCAAUGCUGUUUUGGAGUCUACCGCUCAAAACCUGAGGUACUUGUUGCCUUCGGUGCCAAAACCUGAGUUUAUUUUCACUCCUCUGUAUGAAGCCCAUGUCCAAGCAGCUGUUAUAUGCUGUAAGCAGCUUGGAAUUCACCUUAGAGUCCGCAGUGGAGGCCAUGACUAUGAGGGUCUCUCUUAUGCCUCUGAAAUUGAAACACAAUUCAUUGUUGUAGACCUAGCCAAGCUUCGAGCUGUCCAAGUUGACAUUGAAGAUAAUAGUGCAUGGGUUCAGGCAGGAGCAACGAUCGGUGAGCUUUACUACAGAAUUGCAGAAAAAAGCGAAGCUCAUGGCUUCCCAGGUGGCCUUUGCAGCAGUUUAGGCAUUGGUGGGCACAUUACAGGAGGUGCCUACGGUUCCAUGAUGAGAAAGUAUGGCCUUGGUGCUGACAAUGUUAUUGAUGCUCGGAUAAUUGAUGCUAGUGGCAGGGUUCUUGAAAGACAAACCAUGGGAGAGGAUCUUUUUUGGGCUAUUAGAGGUGGUGGGGGAGCCAGCUUUGGUAUCAUUACUGCCUGGAAAGUAAAACUGGUUCCUGUGCCAUCAACUGUGACUGUUUUUACAGUUACUAAGACCUUGGAACAAGGUGGCACUAAGCUUCUCUACCGAUGGCAGCAAGUUGCUGAUAAACUUGACGAGGAUCUCUUCAUCAGGGUUAUAAUUCAAGCAGCUGAUGGUGCCACAAAGGGUAAAAGAACUGUCACAACUUCCUAUAAUGCCUUGUUUCUAGGUGAUGCCAAAAGACUACUCAAUGUCAUGGAGCAAGGCUUCCCUGAAUUGGGUUUGACGCUGAAGGAUUGCACCGAAACCACCUGGCUGAAAUCUGUGCUAUACAUCGCAGGCUACCCAGCCAAUACUCCUCCUGAAGUUUUGCUUCAAGGCAAGUCAACAUUCAAGAACUACUUCAAAGCCAAGUCAGAUUUUGUCACAGAACCCAUACCCGAAACAGCACUCGAGGGGAUAUGGGAAAGGUAUUUUGAAGAAGCGACUCCUUUCAUGAUAUGGAAUCCUUAUGGUGGAAUGAUGAGCAAAAUUUCAGAGUCAUCAAUUCCUUUCCCACAUAGAAAAGGUAUCCUUUUCAAAAUUCAGUACUUGACCAUGUGGCAAGAUGCUGCAGAGGAUGCUUCAAAGCAUAUAGAUUGGAUCAGGAGGCUUUACAAUUACAUGGCGCCUUAUGUUUCCAUGUUUCCAAGGCAAGCCUAUGUCAAUUACAGGGACCUUGAUUUGGGGAUUAACAAGAAGAGCAACACAAGCUUUAUUGAAGCUAGUGUUUGGGGCGCCAAGUACUUCAAGGAUAACUUCAACAGGCUGAUACAAGUGAAGACCAAAGUUGAUCCUGACAACUUCUUCAGGCAUGAGCAGAGCAUCCCGCCUCUUCCGGUCUCCUCGAGAAAAAGAAAAGGAAGGGGACAUCAUGGGAUUCAUUAGCUAGAGACAUAAUUGGCUGGAGCAUCAUCAUCAUAUGUGUCUUUAUGGGACUAAUAUUGUACUGAAUUUGAUUUUAUUAGUUUUGUGGAGUUCAGAAAAAUUAAACAAACAUGUCCUGUUUGCAAGUUUUAUAGAAAAGUGAUGCAAUAAACUAGCUAUUGUGUGUUCAAGAUGU